UUCUUUACCGAUCUGUGUUGCGUCUUCAGUAAUGCCUGAACCGGCGAAAUCCGCUCCAGCGCCCAAGAAGGGCUCGAAGAAAGCGGUCACCAAAGCUCAGAAGAAGGAUGGCAAGAAGCGCAAGCGCAGUCGUAAGGAGAGCUAUUCCAUCUAUGUGUACAAGGUGCUGAAGCAGGUGCACCCCGACACCGGCAUCUCGUCUAAGGCCAUGGGCAUCAUGAAUUCCUUCGUCAACGACAUCUUCGAGCGCAUCGCCGGCGAGGCGUCCCGCCUGGCGCAUUACAACAAGCGCUCGACCAUCACGUCCCGGGAGAUCCAGACGGCCGUGCGCCUGCUGCUGCCCGGGGAGCUGGCCAAGCACGCCGUGUCGGAGGGCACCAAGGCCGUCACCAAGUACACCAGCUCCAAGUGAGUCCCUUCCGGGACGUGGUGCUCUUGUGAGUGGCCAUGCGCUUGACUCCAAAGGCUCUUUUCAGAGCCACCCACCUACUCAGAAAAGAGCUG